UUUCACGUGUAUUUGAAAAUGAGCGCAAAGGAUCCAGAAACAUAUAUUUGUUGUCAAAUGUCGACGAUAUCGGUUGAUUUAUUUGUAUCCAGUUUAUGCACUGUUAUUCUACAGUCAUAUGUAGAACCCACUAGGUGUUCUCGGAUUUCCGUUUGAUUUGAAGCUAGCAGGUCAUGGAACGAUAUGACAGCAGUGUUAUGGUAAAAGAUAGUCAUCUAAAACCAUCUUUAGUCGGCAUAAAAAACAUUGAAAAUGAAAAAAGUGCGAAUUCGUCUACAGUUCCUUCUGUGCCAACCGGUGAUAAUCUCUCGUACCACAGCAUUGAAUGUGGUGAUAAUAUUUUCUGCGCAAAGAAAACAUUCCCAAAUAAGAAGCCUUUCAUGAUGCCUAAUGAACUGUACAUCAGUCUUAACUCCGAUUCCUCUCAGGCCUCUAAAAUGUGUUCCAAGAACGAAAAAUUAGAUUUCUUUUCUUUCGGUUACCAUUCCACACCCGCAAGUCCAGAGGAAACUGAGAAGUUACGGGGAAGACAAUUAAAAAACGUUGUAUCCUCCUUCCAUAGUCCCAUCAUUGAGAAAAAAAUGCCUUUUAGUUACUCCACUAGUUUUGUUAGAACUUCGAGGAGCGAAGACCACCUUCAGAAAUCUUCUUUAGCUACUGUAAAUAUUGAUAUAGAAGACGAAUUAGCUUCAUCACUAGAUACUUUGCUAGACACUAAAGCAGACGAGGUGUACAAUGAAAUUGGAAAUGAUGAGUAUUUUGGCAGUUCAUGUCCGGGUGUUUGUUCCAGAUCUAGAAGUCCUGAUGAAAUCCAAAACUCGUCCAAAAGUGACUUAUCACAAAGUUCUAGUGAAACAGCUUCGCCUUUAAAAAUUAGUGUUAAACUGACGGAUGCCCAAGAUACGAAGCCUUCUCAUUCAGAUCCUCUUAGUGAAUCUUCCGGUUCUGAAAUCAUUCCUUCAGACUCUUCAACCACCAUUCGAAGAGACAGCGAAGGUAGUGGAGAUUUUGAAUGCACUAGCGAACAAAUUUCUGCCAUUAGCAGCCUUGAUGAUGCUACUGAUUUGUCCAGAGGCACAGACUCGGACCUGGGCUCUCCUGAUGGCAGUUUUUCUCCUGGUUCCGAAAUAAAUUUAGAUGAUGACUGGAUGAUGGACUUUGAUAAGAAAGAGAAUGUCACAGAUAUUUUCCAAGAUAUAACCAAUAAAAGUAAGAUUCUGAAUAAGACUAUUAAACAAGUGCCACCUAACAUCGAACUGAAUUUUGAACCUUGCGUGCCCGAUACUUAUAAACCACAGAUUACCUUACAAACUUUGACCGCUGAUAAAUCACCUACUUCUCGCAGCAGCUCUCUAUCUGUGCCGAAACCAGUUGAAGAUAAGGUAGAUUUAAGUGCAGAAAGUCCUACAUCACAGUGUUCUGAAGAUACUUUUGCUGAUGUGUCUUAUCACGAGCUAACAGAAAGUUAUGAUGAAGAAUCAGCGGCUACAGAAUCAGAAGAAAUAGAGACACCACCACAGAGAAGCGAGUCACCGCCGACAGAUGAUGAAUCUGAUAUAGAAAGUUUACAUAGUUUUCGAUACAGUCCAAAAGCGGUGGAUAUGCCUUCUGCCAUCCGUUUGGCAAAGCGGCUUUAUACUUUAGAUGGUUUUAAAAAGACCGACGUGUCCAGGCAUUUAUCUAAGAACAAUGAAUUUAGCAGAGCAGUAGCUGAAGAAUAUUUAAAAUUCUUCGAUUUUACUGGAGAUAGUUUAGAUGUUGCCCUUAGGAAAUUUUUGAGCCAGUUCUGCCUUGUAGGAGAAACGCAAGAAAGAGAAAGAGUUUUAGUGCAUUUCUCUAAGCGUUACCUUGAUUCCAAUCCAAAUAUAUUUAAGUCUCAAGAUGCUGUUCAUACACUAACCUGUGCCCUUAUGCUUUUAAAUUCAGAUUUGCAUGGAGAGAAUUUGAGGCGUAAAAUGGUAUGUGGUGAAUUCAUUGAAAAUUUGGCUGAACUAAAUGAUGGUGAGAAUUUUCCAAGAGAUGUUUUAAAAGCUUUAUACCAUUCUAUUAAAUCUCAUCCUCUUGAAUGGGCUAGAGAUCAAGAAGAAGAGAAAAAGAAUGCAUCUAAAGAAAAGAAUUCUUCCAAUGAUUACAGACAGAGCUUUAUUGGCCAUAAUCCAUUUUUAGAGGUUCCUAACCCUAAUUGUGCUACAGAGUAUAAAAAGGGGUAUGUUAUGCGUAAAUGUUGUGUGGAUCCAAGUGGGAAGAAGACACCUCUGGGUCGCAGAAGUUGGAAAAUGCUGUAUGCAACAUUGCGAGAUUUAGUGUUAUAUCUACACAAGGAUGAACAUGGAUUUAAGAAAAAUCAACUGUAUGAUAGUUUGCAUAAUUCUAUUAGAAUUCAUCAUGCUUUUGCUGAAAAGGCAACUGAUUACACAAAGAAGCAGUAUGUUUUUAGGUUACAUACUGCAGACCAUGCAGUGUAUUUAUUUCAAACAAGUGAUUCAAAGGAACUGGAAAGCUGGGUGGACACUAUAAAUCUUGUGGCAGCUAGUUUAUCAUCCCCUCCUUUGCCAAGUGGAGUGGGAUGCCAGCGAAAAUUCCAGAGGCCUUUAUUACCUGUCAGCCAUACAAAACUGAACUUGAGAGAACAGCUUCAAGAUCAUGAAACAAGAAUUGUUUGGUUGGAAAAAGAAUAUGAAGAAUUGUUAACGAAAACACCAGAAAAAGGUUCCAAAUCUCGAUAUGCACAAGAGUAUGCUGAAAAAGAAGCACAUCUUCAAAAUGAAUUAACAAGGUAUCGUACCUAUGCAUAUUUAUUACGGACUCGAAUGGCACAGUAUCCAGAACUUGAAACUCCAUUGGUUCAGACAAGCAUAGGUGAAUUAGAAGAACCUGUUGAGAAAGCCAAAACAGAAAACAGUCCUGGGAAUUCUCCAGCUAAGAAAAGUGUAAAUGCUACAAAGUCUGCAGAAUGUGGUACUUUACAAAAUAAAACUAGCCCGAAAAUUUUAAAAAGCUGUGAUUGAUUGAUGAAGUACAAUUAUUACUGUCUAAGAUGUUACUGUUUUCUAGAAAUAAUUUCUUGAUGGCAGCAUUUUAUGUGCCUAACAAUGAAAUGCUAAACUAUGAUUUUGGAGCAGCAUUUGUAUAUUUUCUAUUUCAUUGUAAAUCAGAACCAUUGACUAUAUCCUUAGCUGCUUUGGUCUUAUUCUGAAACUUGGUGCUCAAUGAUGAUAGCUUAUCAUUGUACAGAUUUUAUCAUAAAGACUAUCGAAUCUCAUAGAUUUUAAGGUGCCAACAUUCUGCGCAGUAAACGCAGUUUCUGAUGUUCCAUCAUUUCCUAUAUUAGGUAAAGUGGCAUGUCACUAGGUUUAUCUGUAAUGUAUGCUUUAAUUCUGUAAGAUAAAAUGUAAUUAUCAAUAUUUUUGCAUUCGACUUCACUUAUCAGUGUUAGGCCGAUUUAUUCUUGCAAUAUUUUUCUCAUGUUCACUGCCUUCUUUUUAUUUUGAAACUAAUGUUCACAUUAUUUCUUAGAUUCUUUUUUUAUAUGAUUUUGCUACCUUGAUUUAAAAUAAAAAUUUUCCCAGAAAAAAUCUGCCAUCUAUAUUAAAAAAAGAAAUAGAUAUUUUAUAACCCAAGUUGGAGUUUAAUUUGUAUGUUUUAAUUCAUUAGGUAAUAAAGCCAAUUUAUUUCCAUGAAAAUAUCCAAAAAAAGACUGAAAUUUUGUGAAAUUUUUUAAUCGUUAUUUGUUACAUGUUAGAAGACAUUUCAGAAAUUUAUAAAAUUCUUCAUCUAUUCACAUCCUAUUCUAAGCUCCAAAUAUUAAAUUAUAUUAAAGUUUGUGGCACAUUUGUUUAAUAAAAUUCAUAUGUUAAAUGGAAAUAUCUUACGAUACUUGUGAUGCAUUCAAUAUAUUAUAAAUCAUGCAUCAGUCUAAAUGAAGUGCCUAGUCAUGCCUCAAAUGGUAAUCAUUCUUACACAGUCACCACUCUUAUUUCUAUUCAGAAAGUAUUUUGUAAUAAUUUCAUAAGACUCUUUAUGAGUUUUAUUGAUUAAUUAUAAAACUGUAAUUUUAUUUUUGUGUAGAAAUUUCUUUUUUUAAAAUCGUUAUAAAUUUAUUAAUUUAUGAAUUAAGGUCUGUAGAAGCCUUUUGUGAACAUCCUGUGUUGGUUUACUUGUGACUAUCAUUUAUAUCAUUUUUUCAUUUUGUAAAAUAUCAGCAACAUAAUUAUAAAUGGGAUUAGAUUUGUUAGAUAGAUUUUAUGUUAACUUCUCAAAGGAAAUUCCUGCAUGAAAAUAUAUUUUCAAAACUCUUAAGAAAAGUUGAAUCUUGAGUAAAAGAUGCAAUAAAAUUCGUCAGCAAAUGAAUAUGCCUUAGUUUUUGAAAAGGGAAAAAGAUUUGAUGGUAAAGAUAAAGAUUUGAUUUAAAGUACAUAAAAUUGGGACAUUUAUAUGUAAUGGUAGUUUUUGAUGCUAACUUUCUUUCACUAUUUUUUUUUAAACUUUGAUGUUCAUUUUAAUCUAACUAAAAAUUAUUAAUUGGCAUAUCUUUCUCGAGCAGGUUUUAAUUUAUUAUCAAAAAAAAAAAAAAAAAAAA